UAUUUUAGUUGGAGAUCACAAUUUUUGUCUGAUUAAUAACAAAUAGUUAUAAAAAAAAAAAUAUCAUACCAAUUAUCGCUACACCUAUACUUGAAAUUUAAGUAUUAAAUUUGUUGACUAUUAAUAAUUAUUUGUCAACUCUCACUACAUACUCAUUAAAUAAUUUAUUAACGAUUAGUAAAGCUUAUUAAAUAUAAAAAAAUCCUUCUAUCAAUGUAGAUGGUUAUAGCCGCGAUUCACUUCAUGAUUUUUACAAUAAAAAUAAUUUUAUAUACGUUGAAUGUUUUUGUAAAGCAAUAAUGUAUUCUUAACCACAAUUUUAGUUAAUACAAAAGAAAACGAUGUUCAAACUGCGGAAGGUGUUUGUACAAUGAAACGAAGCUGAGUAAAAAAAAAAACAUUACACCUCCCUACUUACAAUCGGCGCCGUGAUGGCGAAGACUACUUAUUUUUAGUUAAAAAGUCUACCAUUCGCUUUUAAAUGAUUCACGGUGGGUUUUUAUUUCUCUCAAUAAAACUUAUGAAAAGAGAGGAAUAUUUUAAAAAACGAUAUCCGUCUUAUGCAUAAUAGAUGAAUAAAAAAAUUAUAUGUUAUAUAGAGGGGAAUAAAAAGUGUAAGAGGUGUGAAACUAAACGGUUUUUAACAAAGCAUUUAUUUAUAGUGAUACUUUGUAUUAACUUCUAUUCACCCUCCUGGUUAUACUUUAUUGCAAAAAAUAAAAAUUAAAUAAACGUAUAAGUUGAAACUAGAUCCAACUACGAAAUUGUAGACACAACUUUGUUAUUCACUGAUCGGAAUUGUUAGUUAGUCAAUGCUAUUCUCUUAAAGAUAAAAUUCUAUAAAAAAAAAAAAAUUCUGCGGCCUGUCCUAAUAGCAAGAAGAGUCAUGAAAAAUUUUUCGGUAAAAUCACGAAGACGUCUAUUAAACAGAAGUAUUUCCAUUCUUAGAUACUGCGGUGUUUUUGACUCAGAUCCAUCGGUGACAAUGUUUCGGAAAAUACUGAUUUACUCUAUAAUAAUUUUCAGUCACAGCAUGACUAUUAUCUAUGGUUUGACGAUUGUCGCUGACGCAGUGGUCAAUUGCACCGAUUUGAUGAUUAUUGCGUAUGACGGAGCCAUUAUUGCCGGAUGGAUUUUGAUAUAUUUUAAGAUACAGAUAUCGCACAGUAUGCGUAAGAAAAUACUAAAGCUUAUAGAUGACAUUCGAGAUCCUAUCGACAUAUUGACUCAAUCAUGCGAUUUGGGAGUAUUGAUUGUCGUAAAGGAAUACACAAUUUUUGAAAAAAUAGACUUCUACUUAACCAUCAGCUGCGCAGGACUCCUGGGAACUGUCUUAAUCACUUUAUCAGCGAUAGCUGGAGAUCUGCCUUGCAGAGCAAUAUUCCCAUUUGACACAACAAUCUCUCCUUUUUUUGAGAUCGCUUACUUCAUCCAAUCCUACGCGACAACCUUUAAUCUCGUCAGUUUAUCAGCCCUGGAAUUCAUCAGCCUUGAAUUUUUGCGUUGGAUGACCGUCCAGUUCAAAAUUCUGUCGUCAAAUUAUCAAAAUUGCACGAGCAAAUUGCAUAAACCUGCAAUGUACAAUCACGACAUUGUCAACGGCAUUACUGUCUUCAAUGUAUUAAAAAUUGACGAUGAGCAGAAAGCAAUAAGCAGCUUCACAGCCUUUGAAGAAAACGAAAUUGGUAAAAUAAAAAAUGGAUUCACCUGGAGGUUUCAAACUUGCGUUAGACAUCAUUGGAGACUCAUUAGAAUCUUGAACGAGCUCAAUGACACUUUCAGCGCAUGUUUAUUCGCCCAACUUGGCGAAGAACAUUUUGGUCGGAUAUUUCAUUGGAAUUUCGACCAUCAGUUUUCAGAUAAUAAACCAAUGUUGAUGCGAGCUAUUAUAUAUUUGUCCGGGGGUUUUCUUCAAUUACUCUACUGGUGUGCGCUCGGAAAUGAACUCAAAUAUCAGGCGGACAAUUUGACAACAAGUCAAUGGAUGUCUGGCUGGGAGAACAACUACCACGGAGGUAUCAAUAAUUUAGUUACAACUGCUAUGAUAAAAACGAUGCAGCCAUUAGAAAUGCGAGCUGGCGGUUUAUUUGCACUUAAAAUGGAAACUUUCAUAUCAAUCCUCAAAAGCUCGUACUCUGUUUUUGUGUUGAUGACAACGGUUUCUGGUUAGCUGCAAACUUCAUGCUGAUAUGGAAC